AAUUGCAAACGUCAAGAGCAAAAUUCUAUGGUCAAAAGUGGCUAAAGUUGGUGAAAUGGUUAAAACGAAGUCAAAAAGGCCUGGAAAUUUUACAAUUUUUUGAGUUGUUUGUGUAGUAUAAGUGUACCAUCCAAUAGCUCUUUAUAAAUUAAUUAAUUGUCCUGUAAUACCUGUUAAAGUCAAAAUAAACACGGUUUGUUUGCAAUGCUUCAGGAUUUUCAAACAGCAAUGGGGCCAGGAAAGCAGGUUAGAUUACGAAGAAUAAGACCUGCAGCUAGAGCUAUUUCUGAGCCGCCAAAAGGUAUUUUGAAGAAUACUGUAACUUCUACUCCAAAAUCAGUGACCUUAAGAAGGCCUAAAGCAGACGUAGGGAUUGUUACUAAAACGAAAAAAAUACAGGAAAAUUUGAAAACUCUGGAAAAAAAUACUGAAAAGAAAAGGAUUGCACAGGCAUUAUAUUAUGGAGAACCAGGACAAAGUCCGUUAACCAGGACUACUGUUAUUACUAACCAAGAGAUUAAGAAACCAGUGCAUGCUAGAUUGGGUAAAAAAGUGCGCCUAUAUAGAGCUCCACUUAUCUUUAACAACAACAGAAUAAUCAAAUCAAAAAACCGCUUUCAAAGAUCAAAUACAGGAGUUCGUCGUUUAUUUAGUGUUCAAGGUAGGAUUCAGAAAAUUAGAGAACAGCAAAUUCUACAGCGUCAAAAUAUGGUUGACGGCCAACAAAUUGUUUCAACCAGGCCCUCUAAUAAGAUUCGGCUGCAAAGAACUCGUCCUAUUACCCCCUUGAAACCUACAAAUUUAACAGUGCAAGUGACUAAUAAUAAAAACUCUCCUAGAUUUGACACUAGCUCUUCUGGAAUAGCUAGACAUAAUCCUCUGGGAUGCUUAAACCCAAAACUUCAAGCAGAAAUAAAGUUUUUACAGAGGAGCUGCGGUGUUAGAGCCCCUUUGAAUAUACCAUGUGAACCUAUUUAUGUUGAAGGUGUGGGAUACACCGGUGUGUCUUUACAUGAAAGAUUUUCGCUGUUAUAAUUGUUUUUGUUUAUUUCAUAAGCUUAAUGUUCUUUUUAUGUAAUAAUUUUUUUAUUGUAAGAACUUUUUUAUUUUUUAAUAAUUUGCGAUAUUUGUUUCAUUUUUAGACCGGUAAGAAAUGAAUAUCACUAUUGAGAAUAAAAAUAAGUUACCAUUUCAAAAGUAAUGUAUCAUUAAUCUGAAGUAACCAAUAUAGUUUAUUACGGCAUUUCGAGAGUUUAAAUUAAACCAUCUACUGUAUUUAUAAAUAAAAUUCAUUGUUAAGCA